AUGUCUGUCAUUACACAAACGCUAAAUGCUAAAUUUAUUGUUACAGAAUAUAUAUUAACAGCAGAAUAUCUUGAAUUAUAUGCUAUGUACUUAGCCUAUUUGAGCACAAAGUCUAAACCUAAAAUCUUUCGUGAACACAAAAACCAGCUUGAACGAGAGUGGUAUGCAAGAUGUAUGACACAAACUAAUGAAAUUUCUGCUGGAUCUUCUGAAAGCUUUUAUGAAUGCAAAAACUGUUUAGCAAGAGAAUUCCAUGCUCACUGUCUAGAAAAUGAAACUUUUGAAGAAGCUGAACAAAAAAAACAAAAUGAAGCCAAACAGCAAAUCACUAAUGCAGCACGUAUUAAGAACUAUGAUACAAAUGCUGUAAAAAAAGUGGUUGGAACCAAACAAUCUUCAAUUUUUAGCACCUGUUGUGCAAAAGGCAAAGUUCAACUUCCUGUUAUUUCUACACCACCUAUAUUAUUGCAUAAGCUUUUGACUGAAGAAAGUGCUCAAGCAUGUGAUUUUAGAAAAAAAAUUCAACUUCAAUAUACAACUCCUACUGGCUCAGAAGUUGCAGUUCUUAUAGUAGGAGAUGGUCAAGACAUUGAACCAUCUAAUCGAGAUAUCGUAUUGCAAAAGCAAGGCAGUGGUUUUCAGCGUAUUUCUGAAAUUUAUCAAAGUUAUAGCCCAUUACAUUAUGUUUUGUUGUUUCUACAUGGUAAUUCUGGAUGGCAUCCUGAAAGCACAAGUGAAGAUGAAUGUACAAAUGAUAAUACAAUAAGAGGUCAUGUUUCGAUGAUGCAAUGCUAUGUGUAUCAUUUACAGUUGCAAAUUCAUGAACCUUCGAAAAUAUUUGUACUACAUAGAGCUAGACAUCUUUUUCAACAGUAUAUCGUUGAUGCUUAUGCAUAUAUAAAACAAAGUCGAUUAAAUUACUUGAGACACAAUCAGAAAACGAUUUGUGCUGAGUUGUACAGUGGACUUCAAGACACAUUAACAACAACUAAUGAACUACCAACAAUUAGUAGUAAUAGCAAUAUAGAUACAUCUACUGUGGAAGUAAUUGAUGAAAUUUGGCAGUAUAUUGAUGCCUAUUAUGUAUCAGUGUCUGAGUCAUUUUGGCGAAUAAUACACUACAAAAUGCAUAAUGAAGCUCCUGACAUUAUGCACUUAGUAGUUCAUCUACCUGGACAGCACAUGAUUACUUUUUCUGAUAAUGACUCACUUAAAGCUAUUGUACAACAUGUGCAAAAUAAAAAAACUACAUUAACAGCAUGGUUUGAAGCUAACAGAGAUCCAAUGCUAGCUCCAUUAGUAAGUAAAUACACAUAUGCUCAAUUUCCUCAGGCAUUUGUUUUUAAUAAAAAUACUAAAAAAUGGAAACCACGUCUAUUACAAGAUGACCUUGAAUGGGAUCGUUGUUUAGAGGAAGCUGCAAAAAUACGAUCAGGGCAUCAACUUCGUCAUUUAUUUGCAAUUAUUUUAAUCAACUGCCAACCUAAUGAACCAGACUUUACUGAAGAUGUAAUAUAUCACUCACAGAAUCAUAAUUUACAAUUAACUGAACAUGAGAUUGAAAAUGAUGCAUUAAAUAAACUAGAAAUUAUUCUUUUACAACAAAAUAAAACAUUGAAAGACUUUCCAAAUAUGCCUUUGCCAGAUUCUGUGCAUGAAUUUAGGAAUGAGUUAAUUAAUGAAGAGUUGAAUUAUAAUAUACAAACCCUUACUGAGUUCGUUGAACUGAAUACCAAUCAUUUAAAUAAGGACCAGCUGAAACUGAUCGAUUUUAUAUAUCCUGUCUUACAAAUAUAUACACAUGACCCAACAUAUAUAGUAGAAAGAAGUAUUUUAGUACCAUGUAAUUCUGAAGUCAAUAUGCUCAAUACUGAAAUUCUUUUGCAAUUUCCUGGAGAAGCAAAAACUUAUUAUAGCGCAAAUGUUCUAGAUCAAACCUUAGCUAUAUAUAAUCCAGCUCAUGAAGAUAUGUACUCAACUAAAUACCUCAACUCAUUAAUGCUUAGUGGAUUACCACCUUAUGCAUUAACGUUAAAAGUAGGAUCUCCUAUUAUAUUACUUUGUAAUAUUGAUAGAAAUGAAGGUUUCUGUAAUGGCACACAGCUUAUCUGCAGGACACUACAAAGUAAUGUUAUUGAAGCAAAACAUGUUAGUGGUUCAUUUAAAGGAAAAAAAGUGUUUUUACCAUGUGUCGAAUUAUCACCAACAAAUUCAUCUUUACUAUUUGCUUUUAAACAGCAUUAG